AUGGCACCAAUGCUAGGCCAUUGGGAUGAUUCCGGCACCGGGAGCCCGGUGUCCAGGCACAAUGCCUUGUCCAGGAACAUACUCUAUGUCGAUGCUUAUGACUCAUUCUCCUACAAUGUGGUUGCCAUGCUCGAAGAAACACUAGGCGUCAAAGUCACGGUGAUUACCAUCGAUUCAGAAUGGCCAAACUCGGACAUGAACGAGUUUCUUCGACACUAUGAAGCCAUUGUUCUUGGUCCAGGACCGGGCAAUCCGAAUGUGCCCACUGACGUGGGUAUAAUGAAUGAUAUCUGGAAUCUCAAGGACUCGGAGCUUUUACCGGUUUUUGGUAUCUGUCUGGGUUUCCAGAGUCUCUGUCUUCACCACGGAGUUCCAAUUGAGCAAUUACCCUAUCCGAUCCAUGGUCAGAUUCACAGGAUCCAUACUACCUCGAAGGAUAUCUUUGAACAUCUCCCGGCUGUGGAUGUGACUCUUUAUCACUCUUUAUAUGCCAAUGCGGCUGCUUCAACCCCGGCGGAUCUGGAAUAUCUGGCAUGGUUGUCCCUGGAAGAGGUUUCCAAUGCACAGAUUCCCAUGGCGGUGCGACAUUUGCACAAGCCCUUCUGGGGUGUCCAAUUCCAUCCCGAGUCUUGCAAAUCUGAAAUUGACGCCUGCAAAUCACUUCUUCGGAGUUGGUGGAAAAAAGCUCUUGCAUUCAACAAGAUCAAUGGCCGCGGUGGCUACGAGUCUCUUCCAGAGACGGUCAUCACCCCUCACACAGAGGCCAGUCCGUUCCCUGAAGUUGCGUAUGAAAUGUUGCAGUGGUGCAAAUCCACUUCAUCGGUUUCAGCUUCUCGGUCUUUCAAACGCAAUGGCUUGACUGCAGAGGCGAUUAGCGAACUCUUCAACGAGCCAGGAUCCCCUGCAGUUUUGUUCCAAUCUAAUGGGCGAUACACGAUCGCCUCCGUGCCCAGCCCGGACUCUUGGCGGUUCGAAUAUCAUGUCGAGACCCACAAGCUCCGCAUGCUUCAGCUGUAUUCGGAGUGUAAAUCCGAUGAGAGCACUCUUGCUGUGGCUCAACUUUGGGAUGCCUUGCGCUACUUGAUGGAUAUGAAGAAAGUCCAUUCUGGGAACCCUGACGUUCCUUUCUGGGGUGGAUUCCUGGGCUAUUUCUCCUACGAGCUUGGUCUAACAUGUCUCCCUCACUCGGAGCGUCCGCAGCCAUCGGCGUCAGCGAACUUGGCUUCAGAGUCUCCAUAUAAUGAGACUUCAUUUGCGGACCCGCCUGAUGUUAGUCUUUUGUGGUGCGAGAGAAGUAUCGUUUUGGACAACGUCACGGGCAACAUUGUUAUUCAGUCCACUCGUGAAGACGACAAUACGCCUGCAGGGUGGCUUGAUGAAAAGCUGCAAUUGCUUCAAGAAUUCUCUGUGGAGAGCAACGACCCAACAGUUGAUACAUUAUUGGACUCGAUCUUUCGGGAAGCCAAGAUUCAAUUUCCAGAGGAAGACAAGUACAAACGCCAGAUUGCGUCUUGCAAAAAAGAACUUCAGGCUGGUGAAUCUUACGAGCUGUGUCUAAGUUGUGAAACAUCAAUUACUAUGCCAGUUCCAUCUCAAGAGUCCGAUCGAAUCGCGUUCCCUUGGAAACUCUUCAAGCGGUUGAUGAAGUACAAUCCUUCUGCGUUUAGCGCCUUUGCAGACCUGGGGGACACCAAGAUCGCCAGCAGUAGCCCAGAAUGUUUCCUCAACUGGGACCGUGACUCGACGCUGGAAAUGAAGCCAAUGAAAGGCACUGUUCGCAAAUCGCCAGACAUGACUUUUGAGAAAGCCUGCGAGAUCCUCGGCUCAACCAAGGAGAUGGCUGAGAACCUGAUGAUUGCAGAUCUGAUCCGUCAUGAUCUAUACGGCAUCUGCGGAUCUGGCGGCGUCCAUGUGGAGAAGCUAUUAGAGGUUGCAGACUAUGGACGAGUCUACUCAAUGAUCACCCACGUCAAGGGAAAGAUCCGCCCCAAUCAACCCGGUUUCGCCGUCCGGGAUAUUCCCCAGCUAAAGACCUCCAAUAUGGCUGUUCAUGGCUUGACAACUUUGCAGCGGUGCCUACCCCCGGGCUCAAUGACCGGUGCUCCAAAAGAGCGUUCUUGCAUGCAUCUGCGAACAAUUGAGAACCGCAAGCGCGGCAUUUACUCCGGUGCCAUGGGUUUCCUUGACCUCGGUGGAGGCGGAAGCUUCUCGGUUUUGAUCCGUUCGGCAUUUACCUGUACGUCUGGUCAAGAUACCAAGAACAACCAGCAAACUUGGCGCAUUGGUGCCGGCGGAGCGAUCACCAUGCUCAGCACGGCAGAUGGCGAAUGGGAAGAGAUGCUCACCAAGUUACGUGUGGUCUGUAACAUCUUCACACCCCUCGAUUCAAGUGAGAAGUCGUCUUCGGCUUCUUAG